GGAGCAGGAAGUUUAGCAACAUGGCUGUUCAGAGCUGGUCAGAUCUCCUGAAGGCUGCUAAGAAAACGGCGUUGAUCUCAGAUGGAAAAAGGAAAGUGCACUACUUGUUUACAGAUGGUACAGAGAUGGCUGAAGAAUAUGACAUGAAGACAGAUGAACUUCUCUCACGUAGGUUGCGCUCUAAAAGCAGACUUGGAGGACAAGGUGCAUGGCAGGUGGAUGUGGGGGAAACAGGCCUGAGUCUCACAGAGACGGAAGAAAUAAAAGAGAACAGCUCUAAUCCAGUGUUUAUGCGCAAGGACACCAAGACCAGUUUUCAGUGGAGGGUCCGUAACAUCCCGUACCCCAUAGACACCUAUAAGAUCACAGUGGAACCUCUGGAUCGGUGCUGUAUCAUCCGGACCACAAACAAAAAGUACUAUAAGAAGUUCAGUAUUUCAGAUCUUGACCGUUGCCAGCUGCCUUUAGAGAGCUCGGCCUUGAGCUUCAGUCACGCCAACAACACUUUAAUCAUCAGUUAUAAGAAGCCCAAAGAGAUUUUAGCCCUGGAACAGGAGCUGAUGAGGGAACUGAAGAAACUGAAGGGGACAAAUGAAGGAGACGUGGACUGUAAAACCCAGUGAACUGGUGUGGACUCUCUGUAGUGUUACACGCAUCUGUCUGUAGCUUUGUUUUUGUUUUUUUGAAGGAUUUGUGCUCUUCAGAAGCUUCAUUUUGUAAAUUGUGCACAAAGAAUAAAAGCACCUUGCUG